AUGCUACUACGGUGCUGCCCGCGAGUUGCCGAAAUCUUGUCGGCAGCCCUGAUCCGGUCAAAGCUGAGGAGCCCUGCGAGUGCUCUUCAAGUUGCAAGACGUAAGGCUUCCCGCCUCAGCUACUACCAUGCACCGAGUGAUGUUCCGCUGCUGCCGCUAACAGUGGGCCAGGUGAUCGACAGAGCUGCGGACACCAUGGGGGACAACGUGGCCAUCAUCUCUUGCCACCAAAACAUCACCAAAACUUACGUGCAAUAUAAGCUUGACGUCGACCACUUGGCGGCUGCCCUGGCAUCGCUCCGUCUGCCUGUGGGAUCCAUGAUUGGCCUCAUGGCGGCUAACAUAUACGAGUGGACAGUCGUGCAGUUCGCAUCGGCCAAGGCUGGCCUGAUCCUCGUAAACAUCAAUACAGCGUAUCAAGUUCCAGAAUUGGAGUAUUGCCUGGAAACUGUUGACUGUGCAGCUGUCAUCCUGUCAGAAAUAUUCACCCGCCAGGACAACUACGCCAUGAUGCUGCAGAUAGCGCCCGAACUCGAGCACAGUAGCCCGGGCGAACUCAAGUGUAAAAAACUCCCAAGCUUGAAGUAUGUUAUUAUGCUCGGGGAUGAAGUGAAACCGGGCACGAUAAGAUAUGAUGACCUUCUGGCGCAAGCAACCUCGAAGGAUUACGCAACCGUCAGUAUGAUCGAAAAGCAGAUACGCUUUGACUCACCCGUUAAUGUGCAAUUCACCUCGGGCACCACGGGAAAGACAAAAGGUGCCUUGCUGUCGCACUUUAACAUUGUCAACAACGCUAACUCUUUGGGACCUACGCUGGGGCUUGAUAAGAAUGACGUGAUUUGCCUGAACGUUCCACUGAUUCACUGCUUCGGCUGCGUCAUGGGAAGCCUGGCAGCGUCGCUGUUCGGUUCCACGAUUGUGAUGCCAGCGUCAGCAUUCAACGCGGUCGCCAGCCUCGGCGCCAUCACAAAACAUAAGUGUAGCGUGAUAUACGGAACCCCAACCAUGUACAUCGACCUGCUACGCCACCUCAAUGAUGCGGCCUAUGAUGUCUCGUCUGUACGCAAAGGCAUUAUGGCCGGUGCCCCAUGCCCACCCGAAGUGAUCAAGAAUUCCAUGGAACGAUUGAACGUCAAACAACUCUGCAUAUGUUAUGGGUCGACAGAAUGCAGUCCAGUCAUUACGGCUACAAAUCCCGACGAGCCGGUGGAAAAAUGGAUUCACACGGUCGGAAAACCACUAGGUCACGUUGAGGUAAAGGUAGUGGACUCCAGCAACAACAUCGUCCCUUUGGGUACCCGUGGUGAGCUUUGUGCUCGCGGCUACCUCGUCUUCAAGAGGUACCACAACCAGCCCGACAUGACGAAGGAUGCGGUGCGUGACAGGUGGUACCACACCGGGGACGAAGCGAUCAUGACCGAAGACGGUCAUGUGAUAAUCAGCGGCCGCAUCAAGGACAUGAUCUGCCGUGGCGGGGAGAACGUCUACCCGCUCGAGGUGGAGGAGUUCCUCUACACGCAUCCGGACAUCGAAGAAGUUCAGGUUGUUGGUGUUCCGGACAAGAGGCUUGGCGAAGAAGUCUGCGCCUGGAUCAAGCUGAAGGAGGGAAAAAGCUUGACCGGAGAUGAUGUCAAGAAGUUCUGCGAAGGAAAGAUCAGCCACUUCAAGACCCCCAAGUACAUUGUCUUUGUGGAUACGUUUCCGAAAACUAUUUCUGGCAAGAUACAGAAGUUCAAGAUAAGAGAAGAAAGUCGAAAAAAAUUUAACCUCUGAACUUUCCAUGUCCAUUGCCCAUUGUUUUGUUCGUGUUUGUUGAAUACAGUUGUGUGUGCACAGCG